AUGCCUUUAUUCUCGCGAGCCCCUGCGGCUCUUUCACGGCGAGGAGUCUCGAUCAUCUUGCGACACGACAUUGCUAUAGUGCGCCCUUUUCAUUCUUUCCCACCAAGGGCUGCCAUUGCCCAUCCUGUUACUGCGCAUGGCCCUCCCCCGAAGGCUCCGUCUGCCGCCCCAGAGUUUGGUGAACACACAGGACAGCAAGAUGGCCGCAUAGAAUCAAGUUUGGAUAGCAAGGCGCCACAAAAUCGAACGGCGAAACCUUCGCCACCGAAAAAGCGGUUCUGGAAAAAUGUUGAUGUUAACAUGAAGCCAGAAGGAGAUUACCAAGUUCUGCUAGACACCCGGCCUGUGCGAACCCCUACGAAAGAUGUCCUUUAUAUUCCGCCAACGAAGCCUCACCUUGCACACUUAAUCGCUCUGGAAUGGGACGUCAUGACUUCAGCCCAGCAAGCUCUUAAAAGCCAUAUGAUUCCACUGACUUCUCUCGCUGCGCGCGCGGCGGAGAUUGUUCGAGAGGAUGCGAACGGCGAGACAAUCAUAAGAGAGCAGGUCGUGAAAACCGCAAUGCGCUAUUUAGAGACAGAUACACUGCUCUGUUGGGUGCCAGCGAAGGACGUCUACGGUGUUGAGGAAGUCAACGAGGAUGGUCAGAGGCCGGAGAGCCUCCGGGAGGCCCAGAUCAGAGUUGCAAAAGACAUAAUCUCCUUCUUGAGCACUAAGUUGUGGCCUGGUAUCGAAAUUAAACCUAUACUGGAUACUGAGAGUAUCCUGCCUAUGUCUCAAACGCAGGCUACAAAGGACAUAAUUGAACAAUGGAUUGUCGGUCUGCAAGCGCAUGAUUUAGCUGCUCUUGAGAGAGGCGUUCUUGCUUCAAAAAGUUUACUGGUGGCUGUGAGACUUGUUUCGGAAUGGAGUGAAAAUUUUCGUCACGCACAACGGCCGGACCGAAAGAAAUUCGGCAUCGAAGAGGCAGCUGAAGCAUCUAGCUUGGAAGUCAAGUGGCAGACAGACAUGUGGGGCGAGGUUGAGGACACACAUGAUGUUGACAAAGAGGAUCUGAAACGACAACUUGGCAGUGUCAUUGUCUUGGUGAGCGGAGAGACGAGGUGA